AUGACGUGGCCAGCCCCAGACGAAGCCAGCGAGUCCACGUUGGAGGGGCCGUGGCAGGCAGCCCUGGCUCCACGGGCCUCGUGCUGCCCCAAGCCGCCCGCGGUGGCGGGGAGAGUCUGUGGGACAGAAGCGCCGGGUUCCCGGGGCUGCCGCACGGGUGCCCGUAACCGUGGCGGCUUCGAGUGGCGAGCUGCUCCGCUGGGCUCUGAAAGCCAGCAGCCCCGGCCAAGGCGCCCACCUGGUCCCUGCAGCCUCGGCGGCUGCCGGCACUCCUGGCUUGCGCCUCGCCGCAGGCCCCUGGCCCCUGUGGCGUGCAGUCCGCCCCCCCUCCGGCGGGGCCACGUUCGGGACCAGCCUGUGGACAAGGUGGGCCUGCACGGGCUUCCACCAAGUGGUCGUGACCCCCAUCGGGCUGUGCCGGGCUGUUCUGGCGGCAGCAGCCCAAUCACGGGGUCAUUUGCACCCCCGGGGCACCUGUCCACACCCUCCUCCUCCAGCAAGUACUCGGACCCUGAGAACGCGCUGAGCGUGAGCAUCCCGGAGCCGUCCCCGCUGCGGGUCCUGCUGGGGAGCUCCCUCACCAUCCCCUGCUACUUCAUCGACCCCAUGCACCCCGUGACCACCGCCCCCUCCACCGCCCCCCUGGCCCCGAGAAUCAAGUGGAGCCGCAUCUCCCAGGACCAGGAGCUGGUGCUGCUGGUGGCCACGGAGGGGCAGGUGCGGGUGCACAGCGCCUUCCGGGACAAGGUCUCGCUGCUCAACUACCCCGCCGUGCCCAGCGACGCCACCCUGGAGGUCCAGAACGUGCGCGCCAACGACUCGGGCGUCUACCGCUGCGAGGUGGCCCACGGCAUCGAGGACAGCGAGGCCACGCUGGAGGUCGUGGUGAGAGGGGGCUACCAGGGGCCCCGCCUGUCUCGGGGCUACCAGGGCCCCCGCCUGUCUCACAGCCUCCAGGCAGGGUUCCAGCCGACACCCGGCCUGGGUCCCCUGAGCCCCCCCUUCUCUCCUCGCCUCCCCCCAGGGGUCGUGUUCCACUACCGCCCGGGCCCCACCCGCUACUCGCUGACCUUCGCGGAGGCCCGGCAGGCCUGUCUGCGCACCGGGGCGCUCAUGGCCUCGCCCGAGCAGCUGCAGGCCGCCUACGAGGCCGGCUACGAGCAGUGUGACGCCGGCUGGCUGGCCGACCAGACCGUCAGAUACCCCAUCGUGAGCCCGCGGACUGCGUGCGUGGGCGACAAGGACAGCAGCCCCGGGGUCAGGACCUACGGCGUGCGUCCGCCGUCAGAAACCUACGACGUCUACUGCUACGUGGACAGGCUGGAGGGGGAGGUGUUCUUCGCCACCCGCCCGGAGCAGUUCACCUUCCAGGAGGCGCUGCAGUUCUGUGCGGCUCACAACGCCACGCUCGCCUCCACGGGCCAGCUCUAUGCCGCCUGGAGCCGAGGCCUGGACAAGUGCUUCGCCGGCUGGCUGGCGGACGGCACCAUCCGCUACCCCAUCGUCACCCCGAGACCCGCCUGCGGCGGGGACAAGCCGGGGGUGAGAACCGUCUACCUCUACCCCAACCAGACAGGCCUCCCGGACCCCCUGUCCCGCCACCACGCCUUCUGCUUCCGAGGCGUCUCCGGCGUGCCCUCUCCGGGAGAAGAAGAGGGUGGCACCCCCGCACCGCCCCCCAACGUGGAGGACCGGAUUGUCACCCACGUGGCGCCUGGCGUGGCUGUGCUGCCCCCCGGGGAGGAGACGACUGCCCCCCUGGACUUCUCCCCUGAGCCAGAAAACCAGACGGAGUGGGAGCUGGCCUACACCCCACUGCCAGGACUCCCUCCCACGUGGCCAGCCCCGGGCGCAGAGGGCAGCACAGAAGCAUCUUCUGCCACAGUAGCGCCCUUGACCUCCGAAGAGCCGACCCCGCCAGAGGAGCCAGCCACGUAUUCACCCCUGGUGCCCAGUGGGACUGAACUGCCAGGAUUUGGGGAGUCCACUGGGGCGCCCGAAGUCAGCAGUGACCUGGAAGCCAGUGGGCAGCCCUCAGGGGGGAGUGGGAGUGGACUGCCCUCCGAGGGCCUUGACGCCAGCGGUCUCCCCUCUGCCGCGGGCUCAGGCCUGCCAGUGGGAAGUGGACUGGCCUCCGGGGAUGGAGACAGAGUUAAGUGGUCCAGCACUCCCAUUGUCAGCAGACUGCCCUCUGGAGACAAGGACCUAGAAGGUUCUGCUUCUGGAGAAGGGGACCUCAGUGGGCUUCCUUCUGGAGAAGGCCCAGAACCCCCAGCCUCUGGNNNNGGGGACCUCAGUGGGCUUCCUUCUGGAGAAGGCCCAGAACCCUCAGCCUCUGGAGAGGGGGACCUCAGUGCGCUUCCUUCUGGAAAAGGCCCAGAACCCUCAGUCUCUGGAGAAGGGGACUUCAGUGGGCUUUCUUCUGGAGGAGACAGUCACUUAGAGACUUCGGCUUCUGGAGUAGAAGACCUCGGUGGGCUUCCUUCUGGAGAAGGCCCAGAACCCCCAGCCUCUGGAGAAGGGGACCUCAGUGGGCUUCCUUCUGGAGAAGGCCCAGAACCCCCAGCCUCUGGAGAAGGGGACCUCAGUGGGCUUCCUUCUGGAGAAGGCCCAGAACCCCCAACCUCUGGAGAAGGGGACCUCAGUGGAGAUUCCUCUGGAGGAGAGGGUGAUCUAGACACCUCUGUUUCUGGAGUAGGAGAGGGCCUCAGUGGGCUUCCUUCUGGAGGAGACAGUCACUUCGAGACUUCGGCUUCUGGAGCAGGAGACCUCGGUGGGCUUCCUUCCGGAGAGGGUCAUUUACACAUCUCUGCUUCCGGAGUAGAGGACCUCCAUGGAGUCCCUUCUGGAGAUGGUCUGGAGACCUCGGCUUCUGGAGCCGGAGACCGCGGUGGGCUUCUGUCCGGAGAAGGUCCGGAAGCCUCUGCCUCUGGAGAAGGGCGCCUUGGUGGGCUCCCCCCUGGAAGGGAGGGUCUCGACACCGCUGCCUCUGGAGCCGGGGGCCUGCAUGGGCGGCCUUCUGAGGAAGGAGACCUGCUUGGCUCUGCUUCUGGAGACUCGGGUCUCGGCAGCCUGCCUUCUGGGACCCUAGGAAGUGGGCAAACUCCAGAAGCAAGUGGCCUUCCCUCUGGCUUUAGUGGUGAGUACUCUGGGGUGGACCUUGGAAGUGGACCAUCCUCCGGCCUGCCUGACUUUGGCGAGCUGCCAUCUGGGCUCCCCACGGUCUCCCUCGUGGACACUACCUUGGUGGAAGUCGUGACAGCCGCCACUGCUGGGGAGCUGGAAGGGAGGGGGACCGUUGGCAUCAGCGGUGCUGGGGAGCUAUCUGGGCUGCCCUUCGGCGAGCUGGACAUUAGCGGGGCGGGCAGUGGGCUCCCUUCAGGACCUGGAGCCAGCGGCCAGCCGUCCGGGGCCCCUGACAUCAGCACGGGAACAUCUGGGCUUUCUGAGGUCAGUGGGCAGCCAUCGGGGUUUUCUGGGGAAACAUCUGGAGUGACUGAACUCAGUGGACUGUCCUCUGGACAGCCAGAUGUCAGCGGAGAAGCUUCUGGCGUUCUUUAUGGCAGCAGCCAGCCGUUUGGCAUAACCGACCUAAGUGGAGAAAUAUCCGGGGCCCCUGACCUCAGUGGACAGUCAUCGGGGGUGCCAGGGCUCAGUGAGAUGACCUCAGGGGUCCCUGAGCUGGUUUCCAGCAUCACGAGUGGCAGUGGUGAGUCUUCAGGCGUUACCUUCGUGGACACGCGCUUGGUGGAAGUGACCCCAGCUCCACCGAAAGAAGAAGAAGGCUUAGGGUCCGUGGACCUCAGUGGCCUCCCUUCCGGGGAGGCAGACCUCUCCGGCGCAUCUGGGCUGGUGGAUGUCAGCGGAGAAGCUUCUGGAGCAGUCGGCUCCAGCGGGUUUACGUCCCGGCCGCCCGAAUCCAGCGGCCAGCCGAGCGGAGCAGCUCAGGGCAGUGGGGACCCCUCUGGCGCUGAGCUGGGGAGCGGCGAGCCCUCGGGGGCCUCCGAGGGCAGCGGACUUCUGUCGGGCUUCCCCACCGUUUCUCUUGAGGACAGGACUUUGGUGGAGUCUGCCACGCAGGCUGCGGCAGCCCAGGAAGCAGGGGAAGGGCCUUCGGGGGUUCUGGAGCUCAGUUCGGGGGUUCUGGAGCUCAGCGGUGCCCAUUCUGGAAUGCCAGAUGCGUCUGGAGACCACUCGGGGUUUCUGGACCUCGGUGGACUGCAGUCCGGGCUGGCAGUGCCCAGCGGGGAGCCAUCCGGCGCUCCACAUUUCAGCGGGGACGUGAGUGGGGACCCGCUCGCAGCCACGGGUGCCAGCGGGGAGGCCUCAGGGCUUCUAGAAGUUACUCUCAUCACCUCUGAGCUGGUGGAAGGGGUCACCGAGCCCACAGCUGCGCAGGAGCUUGCCCAGAGACCACCCGCGACACACACCCCCCAGCUCCUGGAGUCCAGCGGCGACGCCUCUGCCUCGGGCGACCUCAGCGGCGCCGCCCCCGGGUUUCCUGGCUCCGGGGUGGAAGCCUCAUCGGUUCCAGAACCCAGCAGCGAGACUUCGGCCGACCCUGAAGGGGGCGUGGGGGCGUCUGCCGCCAGCGGGGCAGCUUCCGGAAGCCCUGAUCUGCCCGAAACCACCCCCUUCCGCGACGCUGAUGUGGAGGGAGCCUCGGGCCUGGGGCUGGGCCGCAGCCCCUCGGCCUUUCCUCCGGAAGGCCCUGGGGAGGGCUCGGCCGCCCCAGAAGUGAGUGGGAAGCCCGUGGUCACCUACGACGGGAGCACAGAGGCAUCGGGCUGGCCUUUGACCACACCCGUGGCUUCCGGGGACAGGACUGAGCUCAGCGGAGACCCGUCCGGUCACCCCUCGGGGCUGGGCACUGUCAUCGGCACCAGCGUCCCCGAGUCCGAGUGGACCCAGCACCCUGCAGAGGCACUUCUGGAAGCCGGGCCCUCAAGCCCCGAGCAGUCAGGCGGCGAGGCCCACGCAGCAGCCACGGCCACGACCCCGACGGGCGCUUCCCGCCCCACAUCCCCCGAAGGGACAGGCGAGGCGGAGGCCACAGACAGUGACGAGUGCCUCCCAAGCCCUUGUCUGAACGGAGCCACCUGCGUGGACGCCUUCGACUCUUUCACAUGCUUAUGCCUUCCCAGCUACCGAGGGGACCUGUGUGAGAUCGACCAGGAGCUGUGCGAGGAGGGCUGGACCAAGUUCCAAGGCCACUGCUACCGCCACUUCCCCGACCGCGAGACCUGGGUGGACGCGGAGAGCCGGUGCCGCGAGCAGCAGGCCCACCUGAGCAGCGUCAUCACCCCCGAGGAGCAGGAGUUCGUCAACAACAACGCCCAGGACUACCAGUGGAUCGGCCUGAACGACAGGACCAUCGAAGGCGACUUCCGCUGGUCGGACGGGCACUCCCUGCAAUUCGAGAACUGGCGCCCCAACCAGCCCGACAACUUUUUUGCCACCGGUGAGGACUGCGUGGUGAUGAUCUGGCACGAGAAGGGCGAGUGGAACGACGUCCCCUGCAAUUACCACCUGCCCUUCACCUGCAAAAAGGGCACAGUGGCCUGCGGAGAGCCCCCCGCGGUGGCGCACGCCAGGACCUUCGGGCAGAAAAGGGACCGGUACGAGAUCAACUCCCUGGUGCGGUACCAGUGCCACGAGGGCUUCGUCCAGCGCCACGUGCCCACCAUCCGGUGCCAGCCCAGCGGGCAGUGGGAGGAGCCUCGGGUCACCUGCACAGACCCCGCCGCCUACAAGCACCGACUACGGAAGCCGCGCACGGCCCACUGAGGGUCCCGGACCAGCAGCCGCCGAGCCGGACCACGCGCCCUCUCUGCUGCUUUCUGUCCUGGGCGGGUCCCCGAAG